AGGUCAGAGCAGUCUCAGUUCUCAGGAAACGAAACUCACACAGGCACAGAUGCUGAGAGGUGAAAUGGCACAGAAAGGAGUUCAGCUGCACCCAGAAAGCUUCUCUUGUUCAAUCUGUUUGGAUAUACUAAAGGAUCCGGUCACAGUUCCCUGUGGACACAGCUACUGCAUGGACUGCAUUAAAACCCACUGGGAUGAAGAGCAGGGGAAGAGAAUCUGCAGCUGCCCUCAGUGUAGGCAGGCCUUCACACCGAGACCUGUCCUGGUGAAAAGCACAAUGUUAGCAGAGUUAGUGGAGGAGCUGAAGAAGACCGCACUCCAAGCUGCUUCUGUUUAUCAGCGCUAUGCUGGUCCUGAAGACGUAGCCUGCGAUCUCUGCACAGGAAGAAAACUAAAAGCUGUGAAGUCCUGUUUGGUGUGCCUGGUCUCUUACUGUGAGCAGCACCUUCAGCCUCAUUAUGAUGUGGCUCUUUUAAAGAAACACAAACUGGCAGACCCCUUCAAGAGGCUCCAGGAGAACAUCUGCUCUCGUCACAGUGAGGUGAUGAAAAUUUUCUGCCGUACUGAUCAGCAGAGUAUCUGUUAUGUCUGCUCUUUAGAUGAACAUAAAGGCCAUGAAACGGUUUCAGCUGUAGCAGAAAGGUCUGAGAGGCAAAGAGCGCUCGAGGUGAGUCGACUACAAAUCCAGCAAAGAAUCCAGGACCGAGAGAAAGAAGUGAAUGUGCUUCAGCUGGAGGUCAGGGCAAUGAGUUUUUCCGCUGAUAAAGCAGUAGAGGACAGUGAGAAGAUCUUCACUGAGCUAAUUCGUCUCAUCUGGAAAAGAAGCUCUGAUGUAAAACGGCAGAUCAGAUCCCAGCAGGAAACUGAAGUGAGCCGAGUCAAAGAGCUUCAGGAGAAGCUGGAGCAAGAGAUUGCUGAGCUGAAGAACAAAGAUGCUGAGCUGAAGCAGCUCAUAGACACAGAGGAUCACAAUCUGUUUCUGCACAACCACCCCUUACUGUCACCACUCAGACAGCCUAUAGACUCCUCCAGCAUCAAUAUCCGUCCUCUGAGGUACUUUGAGGAUGUGACAGCAGCUGUGUCAGAAACCAGAAAUAAGCUACAGGAUAUCCUGAGUGAGACAUGGUCAAACAUCUCACUCAUAGUCACUCAAGUGGAUGUUUUGCUGUCAGUUCCAAAACCAGAGCCAAGGACCAGAGCUGGAUUCUUAAACUAUUCACGUGCAAUCACCUUGGACCCAAACACAGCAAACAAAUGGCUGCUCUUAUCAGAGGGGAACAGAAAGGCGACAUUAAUGAAACAACAGCAGUCUUAUUCUAAUAAUCCACAUCGAUUCACUGCAUGGUCUCAGGUCCUGAGCAGAGAGAGUCUGACUGGACGGUGUUACUGGGAGGUGGAGUGGAUAGGGAUAGGAUUUCACAUUGCAGUCGCCUACAAAAAUAUUGGCAGAGCAGGGUGGGGGGACGAAUGUAAAUUUGGACGCAAUGAGAAAAGUUGGGCUUUGAAUUGUCACAAAAAAGCAUAUGAAUUUUGGCAUAACAACAGCCACACUUCCAUCUCAGGUCCUCACUUCUCCAAAAUAGGAGUGUACCUGGAUCACAGUGCGGGCAUCCUGUCCUUCUACAGUGUAUCUGAAACUAUGACCCUUCUCCACAGAGUCCACACCACGUUCACUCAGCCGCUCUAUGCUGGAUUUUGGCUUUUCUCAGAUGUGAAAACCACUAAAUUCUGCAAACUCAAGUAGAGAGGAAUCUUUCAUGUUGUGGUGGCUUUAAAGCUGUAUUUUAUCAUUACUGGGCCUUUCACACUUCACAAAGAUCAAACAUAAGAGCUCUUGUGUGCAAUUAGCCAUUAGGCUACUAUGGAAGGUUGUUUCUGCCACUGAAAAACAACA